AUGGCGUCGUACCAUAGAGUUCUAAUGACCUUUGAUAGGUCAGUGACACAAAAGAGUGUAGAGUGCAAUUAUGAUAUCCACCCAUGGGAUGUGCUGAUAGAUGGGUCACGAUGGAAUGGAAAGAUAAGACUCGUCGGCUACGUCGAUGUGUUUUUUCUCAUCUGUUACUCAGGAGAGUCCCGCUUCGAGAAGGGCAUCAUUAUAUACAAGGAUGAUGAGAUCAUCCAAAAGUUGAUGGAAAGUGCGGGCGUGACACCAGAAGGUCUCGGCUUGCAGCUCAUGAACGAAAAGGAAGUCAAGGCAGCAGAAGGUGGAAGAAAAGAAGUGUUGAAAAAGUAUUUCGACUUCCAAUCAGUGAAAGGAGGUCUCGACUACACAAUCACAAGCCUCGGUCAUGAGGUGGGGGUUAAGACGGAAUACGAUGCCUCAACUUUGAGAAAAUACGUCAUCAAAAUUCGCAAAGGCAGAGAUUCUAUAAUGAAACCGAGAGUUCGGAGAGGGGUCAGUCAACAUGACCUCUUCGACCUCAUGCACGACGCGGUUCGGUUGGGAAUCAUCACGCAAGCCGAGCUUAUCGGUCAAAUCAUUGGAAAGACUAUCGGUGGAUCGACGAUGGAAGAUGUUACAUCGAAAUAUCUUGAUGCUUUGAUUGGAGCGAGGAACUCCAAGAAUGUUGCACUGGAGGCAGACAGACAAUGA